AUGGCCUUCUACUUCUUAAAGCAGAUUGACGCGUGUGUGUUGGCGAAAGUGGUGGAUAUAAUUGAAUUGUUGGGAUCAAUCCUGUGUUGUUGUAUCAAAGAAAAAUUCGCAUUGGAGUGGGGACUCUGGCUGGACAAGACUGAAGAGUCGAUUGAGUACAAGAAAAAAAUGCAGUCUAUUGUUGAUGCUUUUAUAGAUGCAAACUUGCCACUGACAAUUUUAGACAGGAAAAAAAUGCAGACCAUGUUCAAAACUCUAGAUCUAAAACUGAAAUCUCCAGGACAAAAUUACAUAGAGAAAUUGAGACUGAGCGUUGCAACAUUUAUGAAAAAUCUUAUAAAAUGA